AUGUCCAUCUCGGUUAACUCUCCCCACCUUGCCGCAGCCGAAGGAUCCUCUAUCGCCUCUCAGGAGACCUCUUCGACCUCUGCACCCGCCCUCACGUUCACUUCAUCUUCAUCCAUCACCGACGGUGGACCGUCUCAUCGUCGAACACCUUCGUCGAGCGUCAUGUCUUCUUCUCGUGGACGAUUCUCUGCUCGAGCAGCCACCAUGACUUCUGGUCCCGCCCUCGGUCUAGAGGAAGAGGUCCAAUUCGGGUCCAAUGAAGACUUGUUGGAAAACAUUGGUGAGAUCGACAUUCCAGACAGUGGUUGGUACACCACUGCUGGCGGAGAGAUGCGCGCCGUCGAGAACGUCAAGGGGAAAUCUCGUUCUGGGACUCAAUCGAAAUCUGGCUCCGACGAUCGAGAAACUAGUGGUCGUCGCAAGGGCACGUUUCUCAGUGCCGCGAGAGCCAAAGCCGCCAACGAAGGAUAUAAUAAAGGUAUCGGAGAUGCCAAGAUCCUGUCCAUGGACGAACUCGAGGCGCCUCUCAACCAAUUGAAUCGCGUUGACACGGCAAGUUCGAGAGCCCAUGCAAUGCCAUUCGAUGAUGGAGCUAGCAUGAUGAGUUCUAUGACUGGUGGUACGGGUUCAGAUAAAAAGGACAAGACGAAGAAGAAAAUGUUUGCAAAGCUCUUUGGAGGAGGUGGCAGUGGCAAUAGCAACAGCAGUAUGAGCAGUAGGAAGGAAUCGCACAGAGCGAGCAUCGUAUCCGUUCCCUCUAGGUUGCCUCCUGGUGUAUCUGCGCCGAGCAAAUUCACGGAACAGAAUACAAUGUCGUCUCGACAAGAAUCGGUCCCAGGCGUCACUCCUCCCCAGAGCUCAUUGGGUAACAAGUCCCGAAGCUCUGUCCAGCCUGGACUAUCGCCACUCGCAACAAGCGGAUCUAUCACUCACCCAUCUGCACUGGUCUCGAACAUGCCGCGUCCGUCAAGUGGCGAAUCUACCACUGCAGUAAAAUCUCUCAUACAGACAGGAUCAAAGGCGAUCGAAUCCUCCUCUGAUUCUUUCCUGGCCGAGGAACGAGAGGGCUCAGUCGCUGCUCAGGGCUCUUCAUCUGAAGAGGAGAUGCCAAAACCGGUUCCGACUCUUCAGCUCGUCCAUUUCCUCUUGCCAUCUUUCCCUACCUCUCCAUCAUCAGUGGAGAGUACGACAAUCCUAUCCUCCAUGGUCAUGCGACGUCUUGGUGGUCUGGCGAGCUCGAGAUCCCGAACGAGUCUGAGACCUGGCACGGGCUCAAGCUCUGGAUCUCAAGGGAAGAAAGCAAUCUGGCAGAGUCACCAGCUUGUUUUGAGGUCUUUCCGGUUAGAAGACCCCGCGCAAGGUUCAAGCUCAAGCUCCAGAGCAGGCUCUGGCGCUCGCACCAUCGCCCAUUUACAUCUCUUCUCCACAAUUACACGUGCAAAGUCGGGUCAAUUGGUCAAGGUUCAAUCCUGGGCUCAAUCCACAGACCCCUCUGAAGUCGAACGUAGAAGCAUCAGCCAACAGACGAUGGCAGGUGUUUGGGAUGUCACGAGCGACGGGGAGAACAAGAAGGACUCGUCGGAUAAGGUCAGGAAAUGGGUCAUGAGAGUAACAUGGGAGGAUGAAGAGUGGUUGUGCGACAUGCCCAACAGAGACGCCCUGUUGGAAUGGAUCAAACAGAUCAAGAAAUAUGCAACGAUCAUCCGUGCCGAGUCUCUAGGCUUUGGACCCCAAAUUCAGCAUGCUCUCUCUCAGGGAUCCCGUGUGGAUUUGGCAUUAGAACUCGACAUGCUUCGCAAAGGUCUCCGUGGCUCAUCCAACAAUGGACAAUCGCCCAUGAUGAAGAAUCGCCACCUACUGGCUGGAAACGAAAAGGAGGAAAUCAUGGACGAACGAGAUCCCGAUUCGUCAGGGACCGAGGGUAUCGACCCUUCAGCCUAUAGACAAGCUCAACGCGUGCGACAACUCGCCAAUCGAUCUACUAGUUUGGCAUCUAUGACUUCACGUCGAUCGAGUCUCCAUCUUGAGAAUAUGCCUGCUCCCGCGCCUGCUCCAACUAUGCCUCUUCCUCUGCUUCCUCCCUCGUCCUUGGCUGUAGAGCAGUUGGCGGAUCACCAGAAUCCGAUGAUUACCCCGGGUUCCGCUCAGCCGUCCCUCGACGGAAGGUCAGAGUCCAUCCACUCCGACUUGCCAGAGACACCUGUCAAACACGAAUUCAGCACGUCACCAACGACCGACUCUCUAUCUUCUCGACCCUCCGUGAGCCUUCUCACGCCCUCGGAUGGAGGAGAGAAAGAUCAGCGAGAAUCUUCUAUGAUGAUCACAGAAGCUCCGACUCCAGGUUUUUACACACCGUCCAUCGCCUCGGAAAGCGGAGCCACUCAGAGCACGUUUCUCUUCCCCACACCGCCUCAAUCUAUGCCUGUUCAAUUGCCCCAUCUUGAUCAUCAUCAGCAGCACCAACACCAGCUUCUCGAGUUGAAAAAGGCUAGAUUCGUAGAUUACGACGAGUUCCGCUUGAAAGGUGCGAUGGAUCGCGCCGAGACGGCAAGCAUCACCAGCACUGCGACUGGAUCGACUAGUAACAGGAGAAGGCUACGAGCAAAGACACCUGCUGUGGAUCUGAUGGCCGAAUUCGCCAACCGACCUGAGGCAAACUUUGAGGAAUCCACCGACGAUCUACCAAUGCCGGACAGUUCGCGAUCACGAAGGAUCCGCUUUGCCGGCUGA